AUGGCCGCACUCCGCUCCCAGCCGUCUCCCUUCGGGCACCUGACGCGGGAGAGGCACAUCCAAGCGCUGGCGAGGUCCUUGAGGAAGGAGGACGGGUCUCCAGGCCUCCAGGCCGGGGGGACAUCCCCCAGCUGGGAAGGCACAAGCCGGGCUAACCAGGCUCAAGAGCCGGCCUUUGGGAGCAGCCAGGGGAGCCCGGAGCCAGCUGGGCGGGUUGGAGCCGAUGCCCCUUCGAGUGCCGAGGACCUUGGCCACCAACUCAAGGGCUGGAGACGGCCGGGAAGCGAGCGGGGUGGGAGUGCCGGGGAGGAAGCCACCGAGUCACCUCUGCCGCGGCUGGGCUGGCGGGGCAGGCGAACCCGCAGACGGAGCCCGGAGCAGAGCUUGCAGCGGGUUCAGGAGGACGACGACGUUCCCCCGCUCGGGCUGCAGGUGCUGGCCGGCGUCUCCCAGCUGCGCAUCACCGCCCGAGCUGGGCUCCGCGGGUUCGCCGGGGACCCAGGGAGAACGUACGUGGUGGGCACCGCGCCGGCAAAGGGGCUGCUGGUAGCUAUCGAAGAAACCAGCCGCUUGUGCCUGCACCUGUGUGGCCCUGGCCGCUCCUGCCACAUCCGUCUCCGGGACCCGCAAGGCCAGGACGUCCUGUGGCUCCGACGGCCCUUCGGGGCGGGCGCCAGCUGCCUGGGCUGCUGCCGGACGGAGAUGCGGGUGUUCACCGCCGGUGACCAGCUCGUAGGCAGCGUGCGGCAGAGGUGGGGCAUCCUUGCCCAUCGCUGGGACCUGCGUGACCCCCACGGCGCAGCCACCAUGAGGGUCCGAGGCUCCUGCACAGCCAGCCGCUGCUCCUCCAACCAGGAGUUCCAGGUCACCUCCCGCGCCGGCAGCCCCGUGGCAGUGAUCUGGAAGAGGUGGCCGGGUUUCAAUGAAGACCGGAACAUGGACCAUGAGUUCUUUGGGGUGGACAUUUCAGCAAAGCUGGGGGCCGAGGACACCGCUCUCCUGCUGGCAGCAGCCUUCCUCCUGAACUUCAUGUUCUUCGAGAUGAGCUGA